CCCGUGUCUCCCCCCCAUUUCCCUUUGGCCGCCCCCCUCGUCUCCUCAUCUCCUCGUCUCCUUCGUCUCCUUCGUCUCUUCUCCUCUCCUCCCCUCGUGAAAGCUUCUUUUCUUUUUCCUCCUCUCCUCCUCCUCUCUUAUCUGUUCUUGCCACCCUUCUCAUCUUCGUCGCCCGUUUCACCAUCUACUGCCCUCACAACCCACUCUCUCGCCCCCCCCCCCCCCCCCCCCCCCCCCCCCCCCCCCCCCCCAAAUCCACUCGACUCGUGCCGCGCAUUCGUGCGACAUUACGACACUUGUCAAAGACCCCCGACACCCUAUUGACGCACGCCUACCUCUCCACUCAACCUCCGUCUCAUCUCUUCACCACCAUGAAUGCCCCUCCAGCGCUCGGGUACCCGCCUGGCGUGUCGCUGGCGCCGCGAGGUGCGUAAUACUGUUAGACCGUGGCCAACCAUUGCAUUUCCCCCUGAUCGCUCUGCCUUGAUCAUCCAUGCGGCCGUUAUCUUUGACCUACCUGGCACUUCUCAAGAGACCCCCGUUGGCUUCCCCCCCUUUCAAUCAAACCCACUUAGUCGAGUCAACGAUCUUCAAUUACAACUGACUGACUCGAUUGCCCGUAAUAUUAGACCAGGUGUCACCAACGGCUGCCAACUUUGGCUCCAACAACCCCUUUCGCAACCGUGCCUUGUCUCCCUCCGCUGGCUCAACCACCUCUAGCACUCGCCCUGAACGCCCACGCUCGACAAAUCCCUUCUUGGACGACGCAGAAGCGCUGUCACCCCAGUCUGCUCCUGGGAUGUCCACGGACGCCUCCAUGUUUUCUCCGAUCGAGAGAAAAGACAUGACCAGCAACACUCGGAUCCUUUUUGAGAAUCUGUCAAUCAAACCUACGCCCGCACCUCCUUCCUCUCAAUCCAACGGCACCCGUCCAGCCCCUGAAGGCACUCCACGCGGUCCCUCCAGCCGCCCCCGACCCCCGAGAGAGCGUUCCGACCGCCGGCCCGCAGAGGCCCGAUCAAAGGACCCCUUUGAUAUCUUCGCCGAUCCCCCAAGCCUGACCAAGGUCUCGACAUCCGGUUCUCGCGAGCCUACCUCCUCCCGCCGGCCUCGCCGGAAUUCCGAGUCUUCAGUGAUGGACCGGUCUUCCAAAUUAUUUGACGAUGAUGACGAGAAGCGCCGACGCGAAAGGCGUCAUCGCGAACGAGAGGCUCGUCACCGUGAUGGCAAAUCUCGCUCUUCUCGCAAGGACCGCCGAUUGGAUAUCAUUGAUAAGUUGGAUGUGACGAGUAUCUAUGGAACUGGAAUGUUCCACCAUGACGGUCCUUUUGACGCUUGCAAUCCUCACCGCAACCGAAAGGGCGCCCGCACAGCGCCCAUGCAAGCUUUCCCCAAGGGGUCCAGCAACAUGGCUUUGGGCGGUGCUGGCCCCAAUAACUCGAAUAUUGACCUCGACAUGUUCCACGGCCGAGGGGAAGAAGCCCACAAUGAUUUCUCUCACACAACAGUCCAGCGCAGCGGUACUGAGACUGUCGCCUUCGACCCAACCGCCCGCAUUGACCCCGUUCAUGGUGCAGAGAGCAUGGGUCUUGGAACUAGCACUUUCCUGGAUGGCGCUCCUGCCAGUCGCUCCGCCAUUGCACGUCGCCAGAGCGAGCACGAUGAUUCCGGAUCCGGGGGUUUGCAGCGCAAGAAAAGUCUUGCGCAACGACUGCGCGGGAAGAGUGGCACUGGCCGUCCAAUGCUUUCAUCUCCCACUCAAAACAACUUCUCAUCCCACAACCAAGCUCCGAUGGGUUCCAGCCACUCGGCCUCUUCGCGGGGUGGGGAAAGGAAUCCCUUCUUCCAGGAUUAUGAUGAGGAGUACGACAAGAAGGCCGCGCGGAUUCAGGAGUCGCGAUUGGAGGGUGGAGGUGGUCGCACACGAUCGUCCAGUAGCCCCAAGCAGUCGACAAACCUGGAGCGCAAGUCGACCAAUGAUCGUGCGUACGAUGAGUCGAAGUUGAGUGCAGGUGGUGGCGGAUUCUUGAACCGAAUGAAGAGCUUGCGCAAGCCGCGGCCCGAGCGUCGGACCAGCGACUAAGAGCAUGUGUUCUGAAGAGCGGGAGGUGCAAGGAGAGGGGCAAAAAGAGAAAGUGAUAACCUUAGUCUACCUUACUUGACCCUGGUAGACAGGUAAGAAGAAGCAUUGGGAAGGACGUGCCGAGUGAACGGGGUUUAUCGACUUUGCAUCCAUGGCGCCGGUGGCGUCCGUUGAUAGACCCCGUUCUUGAUGAUUUCUUUUUUUUCUAUUAUUCUGUGUGUAAUACCCAACAUUGUUCGCCGCCAGCAUUUGGGCGCCGCAAAAUGGCGUUGACAUAAAUGGAGUCGGUUGCUUGAUUGAUGAAUCCUUGGUUGUGUUUUUGAUUCUCGUUCCAUCUUUUGCUCGUUGCUUUGCCUCUUCCUCUUCCUCUUGCUCUUCUUCUGUGCUUCUCUUGCGUGACACGUAUGAUACAGCAACACACCAUGUCCUUGUUCUGUUC